CGAUACCAAGGAAAGCUUUCCUCCUUCCGGGUGUUGUUCCGGCGCUUCUCCGAUCCAAAGUCGCCGGAAGCGAGAGACAUGGCCUCGCGUGGCGCCCCUCUUCUUCUUCUCUUUGCCCUCCUCUCCCUCGCAGUCUGCACCCAUGGUCGGAUCCCGCAAUGGUCAGACUUGCUCCGUCUGCCUUCGGUGGUCUCUGGCGACUUUUCUGACCUCCGGGAUGACGACUCCACCGGCACACGGUGGGCCGUCCUCAUCGCGGGGUCUUCGGGAUACUGGAACUAUAGACACCAGGCUGACGUUUGCCAUGCAUACCAAACCAUGAUAAAGGGAGGACUGAAAGAGGAGAACAUCAUUGUCUUUAUGUAUGACGACAUAGCUUAUAAUGAGGAAAAUCCUCGACCUGGUAUCAUCAUCAACCAUCCCCAGGGGCAGGACGUGUAUGCAGGUGUCCCCAAGGACUACGUUGGAGAUGAUGUUACUGUGGAAAAUUUUUUCGCUGUUCUUCUUGGAAAUAAGACUGCUGUUACUGGGGGAAGCGGAAAAGUAGUGGAUAGUGGUCCAGAUGACCAUAUAUUUGUCUUCUAUACUGACCAUGGAGGACCUGGCGUCCUUGGGAUGCCCACUUAUCCUUAUCUCUAUGCUGAUGAGCUUAUGGAUGUCUUGAAGAAAAAGCAUGCUUCUGGCACAUAUAAAAGCUUGGUGUUCUAUCUAGAAGCUUGUGAAUCUGGGAGUAUUUUUGAGGGUCUUCUGCCAGAAGGUAUGAAUAUAUAUGCUACCACAGCUGCAAAUGCUGAUGAAAGCAGUUGGGGCACAUACUGUCCUGGGGGCGCUUCCAGUCCUCCUCCAGAGUUUGACACAUGUCUGGGAGACUUGUACAGCGUUUCUUGGAUGGAAGACAGUGACGUUCACAAUCUGCAAACUGAGACAUUGAAGCAGCAAUAUCAACUGGUUAAAGAGAGGACUUCAAAUCAACACACGUACGAGCUAGGUUCCCACGUUAUGGAAUAUGGUGAUACAGAGCUCAGCAUGGAAAAACUCUUUUCAUACAUCGGUACAAACCCUGCAAAUGAGCAUUUUCCUUUUGUGGGUAGUAACAGUCUGCUUAAGCAUUCAACAGCAGUCAACCAGCGGGAUGCUGAUCUUGUUUAUUUUUGGAACAAGUAUCAAAGAACUCCUGCUGGCUCUCCUAAGAAAUUUGAUGCCCAGAAGCAGUUGUUUGAUAUGAUGGCCCAUCGGAUGCAUGUGGACAGCAGUAUGGAGCUCAUUGGAAAGCUUCUCUUUGGUUCUGAGAAGGGGCCAGAAAUACUGAAGGCUGUGAGACCAGCGGGACAGCCACUAGUUGAUGACUGGGGCUGCCUCAAGUCUAUGGUACGGGCCUUUGAAACGCAUUGCGGAUCUCUCUCCCAGUAUGGGAUGAAACACAUGCGAUCUAUUGCUAAUAUCUGUAAUGCUGGAAAAAACGUGCAGACCAUGGCCGAGGUCUCUGCCCAAGCUUGUGACAGGGUCCCUGCAGGUCCAUGGAGUUCUCUUCAUAAGGGCUUCAGUGCUUAGGAUUUAAUUUGCCAUGGCUUUAUGAAGGCGCAUUUGUUCUUAUGGCAUCUAUAUAUAUAUAUAUAUGAUUUGUAUUGAAGCAUUUGUGCGGCUGAAACUUUCAGGCAUGUAAAUAUUCAUUGGACCCGUCAUUCGCCUGUAGAAUGUAAGAUAAUUUUAAGUUACAGAUAUCAUGUGAAGAAAUUCUCUGCACCA